UAUUGGCAUUGGUCAUCUGCGGCGGACGGCGAUCGCGAAUUGCGAGGCGCCCGUGGUUAUCGGGAGUGGAAGAACAGUCAGAUACGUGCUUUGGUAUGACACUUUUACAGUGGAACCAUCCUUUUCCCAGUCAGGUCUUAUCCGUGCUGGGAUUGCUGCUGCUCUGAAGAGGUUCUGAUAACAGAUCCAGGCUGACGUGCGGAUGUCACAUCAAUAUCAUCGCCUCGUCACCUCUGUUUCGUAUUGAACCACAGAAGUGAGAGUUACACUAGUUUUAUUGCUUACCAGGACACAUUCCUACAACCCAAGAUGGCGAUGGGAAAAGGUUUCAAGAUAUUCCACAAGAUAAACCCACCAAAUCCAUAUAGUGUGCUAAUGGAACAGAAGAACAAACAUGAAGCUGUUUUGUUUGAAUCUCAAGCUGUUGCUCUUCUGGAACCACAAGAAGUGGAUGCCAUCAAGAAACAGUAUACAAGACUGAUGGAUGCUUAUGGCUGCCUUGGAGUUCUUCAGCUGAGCACCAAUGACCAGUUUUGCUUGCUGUACCUGGCACUGGUCACAGGCUGCACCUCUGUGGGCAAGAUCUGUGGAAGUGAGGUGUUCCGUGUCACACAGACAGCACUUGUCUCACUGCAGGGCAACCCAAGUGAUGAUGACCGGGUGGCUGAGGUGAAGAAGAUCCUGAAUGCAGGCACAUUCUACCUGUCGUGGAGUGCAACUGGUCGGCCACUGGACCUGACCCUGUGCGAGCAGAGGCGGCGGCGCACCGAGCUCACCGACAACCGCUUCUUUUGGAACAAGCAGCUGCACCUGCACCUGCAGCGGUUCGGCGUCAGCUGCGACCAGUGGCUGCUGCGCGUCAUGUGCGGCUCCGUCGAGAUCCGCACCGUGUACGUCGGCGGCGCGCAGGGGCGCGCCUGCAUCAUGUCCCGACUGAGCGCCGAACGCGCCGGCACAAGGUUUAACGUGCGCGGCACCAACGACGACGGCCACGUGGCCAACUUCGUGGAGACGGAGCAGGCGAUCUACCUGGACGACGAGGUGGCGUCGCACGUGCAGGUGCGCGGCUCGGUGCCGCUCUUCUGGGACCAGCCGGGCGUCCAGGUGGGUUCGCACAAGGUGCGUCUGACGCGCGGCGACCAGUGCUCGGCGCCGGCCUUCAACCGCCACCUGCGUCAGCUGAAGCGCCGCUACGGACAGCAGCUGGUGCUCAACCUGCUCAGCUGCUCGCUGGUCGGCAGCCGCGGCGACGAGGCCAUGCUCAGCAACCUCUUCCAGGCGCACCACAAGGCGCUGCCGGAGCACGCGGACGUGCAGCACGUGCUGUUCGACUACCACGCCCAGGUGCGCGGCACCAACACCAAGGCGCUAGAGCAGCUCAAGCAGAAGCUGCACGAGUCGCUGCUCCACCAGGGCUUCUUCUUCGCUCGCGGCGACGAGGUGUACAUUGACCAGUGCGGCACGGUGCGCACCAACUGCCUGGACUGUCUGGACCGGACCAACUGCGUGCAGAACCUGGUCGGGCCUGGAGCUGACCCUGCUUGGCGACAGGUGCUGAUGGAGCAGCUGCGCUACCUGAACCUGCUGGAGAAGAAGUCACUGGUGACGCGCUUCCAGCAGAUCUUCAGGGAGAUGUGGGUCAACAAUGGCAACGAGAUUAGCAAGCUGUACGCCGGCACGGGGGCGCUGCAGGGAGGCUCCAAGCUGAUGGACGGAGCCCGCUCCGUGUCCCGCACCAUCCAGAACAACCUGCUGGACAGCAGUAAGCAGGAGGCGAUCGACGUCAUCCUGCUGGGCAGCAGCAUGAACUCGGAGCUGGCCGACCGCGCGCGCCUCCUGCUACCUUCCAGCAUGCUCUACGCCCAGGCGAACCUGCUGCGCGCCAUGUGCGUGGCGCAGGACGAGUUCAGCUCGCCCCGCUCCCUGCGCGUGGCCGUCGGCACGUACAACGUCAACGGCGGCAAGCACUUUCGCAGCGUGGCCUACAAGAACCAGAACCUGGCGGACUGGCUGCUGGACGCGCCGCGGCUGGCGCGCGGCCACGAUCUGGUGGACGCGGCCAGCGACCAGGAGCCGCCGCCAGACAUAUUCGCUGUCGGCUUCGAGGAGAUCGUGGACCUGAACGCCAGCAACAUCAUGGCCGCUAGCUCCGAGAACGCCCGGCUGUGGGGGGAGGAGCUGCAGAAGGUGGUGUCGCGGGACCGGCCGUACGUGCCGCUGACCCACGUGCAGCUGGUCGGCGUGGCGCUGUUCGUGUUCGUGCGGCCUGAGCUGGCGCAGCACAUCAGGGACGUGGCCACGGACACGGUCAAGACCGGCCUGGGCGGCACCACCGGUAACAAGGGCGGCGUAGCGAUCCGGAUGGUGAUCUACAACUCAUCGCUGUGCUUCAUCUGCUCCCACUUCGCCGCCGGCCAGAAGGAGGUCAUGGAGAGGAACGCUGACUAUGCCGAGAUCUCCAAGAAGAUCUGCUUCCCCAUGAACCGCACCGUGUUUUCUCACGACCUGGUCUUCUGGUGCGGCGACUUCAACUACCGCAUCGACCUGCCGCGCGACGAGGUCAAGGAGCUGAUCGCGCGCCGGGACUGGGCCGCCCUGCGCGAGGCCGACCAGCUGACUAUCCAGCAGGCGGACGGCAAGUGUUUCCAGAACUUCCUGGAGGGCGAACUGGAGUUCGCCCCCACCUACAAGUACGACCUGUUCUCGGACGACUACGACACGGGCGAGAAGUGCCGCUGCCCGGCCUGGACCGACCGCGUGCUGCUCUGGAGGCGGCGCGUCGCCCGCGACGCCGAGCACCCGGACUGGACGGCCGGCCGCGUGCUGCACUACGGCUGCGCUGGCCUGAAGCAGUCCGACCAUCGGCCGGUGGUGGCGCUGCUCGAGGUGGAGGUGCGCCAGGUGGACCCGGAGCGGCGCCGGCAGACUUUCGAGCGGCUCGUGCAGCUGGCGGGGCCGCCCGAUGCCUCCGUCAUCCUCACGGCGGACCGCGGCGACCUCUACUCGCUGACGGAGCUGGCCGGCUUCAUGGCUGACCUGCUGGCGCAGCUGACCGCCUUCGGCGACGUCAUCCUGGUCCGCUUCGUGCAGGAGGCCAUGUGGGUGACCUUCAAGGAGGGUGGCUUCGCGCUGGCGGCGGCGCAGAAGGAGACGCUGCAGGUGCAGGGUCACCGCGUGGCCGUGCGGCUGCGCACGCCCGACUGGACGGCUCAGGUAGCCGAGGAGCUCCGGCUCGGGGAGGACAACACGCUGCCGCUCAGCGAGCAUCAGGCGCCGCCGCCGCCACCCUCGCCGGCCGUCGACGGCGACACAGACGCCAGCGCCGACGGUCCGUCGGCGGCCGCUCUCUGGGAGGCGUCCUCGGGUGACGUGUUGAAGCCGGUACGACCGCCGCAGCCCUGCCGACCGCCGCCGCCAGCAGAGCCGCAGGCGGCGCUGACGGAGCCGGUGAUCCAGGAGCGACAGGCGCGUCAGUGA